GCUGCGCGCACACGGCAGCCGCCAGCCGUCCGCUUCGUACGUACGUGCGCAUCGCCCCCGUUCGCUCCGCGCGCCGAGUUGCACUCGCCGCCUUCCUCCUGCUGACCCGCGAGAGUGCAUACAUUUACCAUUCGCGCAGCAGGUGAGGUUGGGGCCGACGAGGCCCCGGCCGCUCGGAGUACGCUCGACGUGGUAUUGAUCGCAUUCCGUCCCGUUGGACUAUCCAAUGUUUAUAAACAGCCGGCCGCAUCCAUUCGCUCCUUGUUUUCGGUACGAUUGUCUGACAACGAGUGAUCCGGACUGCCGGUCCUGAAUGCGCUUAGGUUGCAACUCCAAACAAUCACCAGCCGGAGUUUAGUCAAAUUGACCAGAAGGCAGUAGUCAAUAAAGUGAGAAAUGUUCACGUGGACUGGGUCACGUGGCGGAGAUAAUAUUAAUAGAUCUCAGUAGGGUACGAAUCGAUUUUUAACUAAUAGUGAGUGAAGUGAUACUUAAGACUGAUAAGGCUAUGAAUUCAAUAGACGGAUUACUGAAAUAGACUGCGUGAAAUGUCACGAGUAGAGAACUAAGGAGGCAGCGAUGCUGUCUUACAUGGUGCCCGUGGAGCAGAAGCCGCCGGUGGCGCCGGCGCCGGCUGGCAAGGCGCGGCUGGCGCUGGAGCUGGCGCCGGGCAGCCCGGAGUCGGCGGCGCGCCGCGCGCUCAAGACCGCCAUCUCCAAGGACUCGUCCACCAGCUCGUUCGCCAGCGACCUGACGCUGUCCUCCUCCACGCCCACGGGCGCGCACGACAAGCCGAAACACAAGCUCCUCUCCAAUGGCACCAAGCACACCUCUUUGAAGAGGGUGUCAUUCGGGAGCUCUAAAGGGUCUAUGGUGGAGACUCUGAUCUACGAGAGCCCCCUGCAAGAGGAGCCUGAGAGCAGUCCCCCGCCGAAGCCGCAGGAGACAGCGUUCCCUUACACCCCUGUGGAGGACGAUUCGGAGCGCGCCAAGGUUCGCGUUUCGUUCUACCAGGGCGCGCGCCCGCAGUGCCUGUCCCCGCCGCCGCCCGCCUCGCACGAGCUGUACGCGGCCCUGCUCGCGGCGCACACCGACAUGGCGGACCACGCCGCCUACAACCGACAGAUCAGCACGGAGAGCGGUUGGGACAACCCGUUCCGGCCGGACGGCGACUUGAGCCGUGAGGCGGACGAGAUCGUGUCGCUGAUCAAGGGCGGCAAGCCCAUCACGCCCACGCCGACCGCGCAGCCGCAGCUCGCGCCCUGCGUGGAGGAGGAGAAGCAGCAGCAUGCUAACAACCUCAGUGCAAAUGCGCCCUCUUCGCCCCAGACGAAAGCAUCGAGCGGUGUGGUGGCGAGCACCCCGAAGGCGAUGAACGGCACUAAGAACGGCGCGGCGGCGGGCGAGCCGCGCGCGGGCGCCGUGGAGGUGAGCCGCGCGCCGCCGGCCGAGCCGCAGCAGCCCGAGCACGUCACCAUCAAGAAGAAGCCCAAGUGCAAGUGCUGCGUGCUGCAGUAACCGCACCCGCGCCGCCGCACUGCGCACCGCCCGCACCGUACGUUCGCUUCUCUAUACGUCGCAUGACCCAUCAAGACCUCGGUGUUUACUCGGUGCUAUUUCAUUUUUACCCAUGUUCACAAUUUUAACGUUUCGCGAUGAAUUUCUAUCAUUACAUUUAUUGAAAUUAAUAGGUUAUCAAUACGGUUUUUCCGACUAUAAAUAUUUUAUUUGUGAUAUUUUACUAUUAUUACAAGUUUACAAAUACUUGUCUACUACUUACUUACUGUUAGUUAGGGUUCCGUACCUACCAAAACCCUUAAUAUACCUUAUUUGGUACUACUAUUGUAUAAGUAUAAUCUAUCACUAUCAAAACAAAACAAACAAAAUAUCGCAUUUACCUAAUGAUUAUGAAAUCUCGUACUCUAUUUGUAAAAACAAAUCAUAGUAUUAAGUUAAUUCAUUAAAUUCACUUUUCUAUUGACAAUUUUACUGCAAACUUCCCGAACCCGAAUAAAAUGUUUACUUCCUAUUUAGUGUAGGUAUACAACGUUUUUGUUGCCUAUAUAAUGGCUACAAAGUACGGAAUCCUUAACGAGUGAGUGUAACUCGUAACAAUAAAUGUCUUACUUUAAUUUUGAACCUAAUUUACACAUAGUUGCAUUUUUAAAAUAUACUUUCAUUUGUUAAUGAAUGUAACGACGUUAUGAUUUAAGAUCCGGCAUAAUAUACAUAUACCCUCAUCUGUUAUGUAUUAAUGAUAGAUAAUAAAUGACCGAUUGUCAUAUAUACAUAUUCUUUAUCACACAUAAAUAAUAGAUGAGGGUAAAUAUUUAUUAUAACGUAUCUUCUACUACUAUUAUAUCUAUCAAAUUAAGGUACAAAGAAAAGUAUUUAUUUCAUUUAGCUAGUGUCACUGAAAACGUAAGAUUUUAAUUUAUUGAUUAUACUGAUAAAUCUGUUCGCAAAUCCAGUGAUAUGUCGCACUUGUACAUCAUGCGAAUGAUUAAACUAUUGAAUCUCAGGAUUAUUACUUUCGCAGAGAAAGUACAUAACAGAAGAGAGAACAUUAAAGUGGUCAACUUCAACUAUGUUGGCGUGUCAAAUUUAAUAAUAUUAAUAAUUUUGUGCAGAUUACAUAUAAAUUAAAUUUACUGGUUCAUUUACAAUUGUAAAAAUAUUUACUGUAAUAAUCAUGUUACAAUGAAUGUCAUAAUUUUUGGAAUACAUAAUUUAUUUUAGAACUGUUACUUUAGAGUUGAAUGUGUUAAAUAAUAUUUAGACGUAAUCUUAAUGUAUAUUUUUAUAUGUUUAUUUAAAAAAAGUAUUAUGAAACGUGCAGAAAUUGAAAUGUUUGGAUAUUUAAACAGCGGGCCGCAUAGAUGUCAUCUCACCCGCUACUUCAAGCGAUCAGAUCACUCAAUGGAUGGAACUUAUUUCAACAUAAUUAUGGUCUAAAUGUAAUAAAUUUAUCAAUGAAUGUUAUGAUUGUUGUUACGAUAUUAAUGUAUCCCUCUAAAAUAAUUUACGCUUGCGUCCAGUAGUGUUUUGGAAACAUAAAUGCUUUUUACAAUGAAGUGUACGAAUUAGGUUUUUACCUAUUUUUUAAGAUAAUAUUAAAUGCAUUUCAAUGUUCAAUUUCAAUUCUGACGUAUCCUAAUAGUUUUUGUAGAGCAAUAGAUACGUAUUGACAUAAUUUGGAAGGUGUCUUCUUUUUCCAGUGUUUGUAGCAUUAUGUAACGAGCAUAGACAUAUUGAGCAUUUGAUGUAAGUCAUCGACGUGAGCUACGGAUCCUGUACCAAUUGUAGUAGAAAUGCCGCAGUUUUACAUUAUGUGCAAACACUUUUUUCUGCAAAAUGCGAUCCAGGUUUGUGCGGAGCGGGUUAUUAGUCGGAAAUGACACUUGUCUACAAGAAACAACUUGUUUUAAAUAUUGUAGUCCUUCUUUUGUUUAUGACUAUUUAGCCGUCUAGCAACAUCUAAUUAAUUAAUCGUUAUUUAUUUACUUAUUGAUGGUAAGAAUAAAAAAAAAAUGUUAAUAAUUUGAUGUGAUGUGUCCAUGCAUAGGGAUUCUCUUUCGUGUCAUCAGGACAGCGAAAGAUGCCACGAAUAUUCGCAGAGUCCUUAUUUGUGUGGAUGCUUGGGAUACAUUUAUCCUUAUGGAUAAGCCAGAGCUAUAUACUUAUCAAUAUCAUAUAUUCUCGAGCACUAUAUGUAUGUAUAUUAUGUGCUCAGAGUAUUAAUGAAAUUGUAUUAGUACAAGACAUUGGUAUUUUAUUGAAUUGAUGCAUUUGAUGGUACACUUCUCUGUUUUUAUCAUUAUGUUUACAAUUUUUUGAUCGAAUACACGUAAUGUGAUUCACGCUGUCUUUAAUUUAUUAUCGUAUGAAAUUCUAUUGAAUUUAACCUAUUUAAAAUGAAUUGUGAGAAGGCGGCUAUUUCCUAUUGGAUUACGAUAUUAUGAUUUUAACAGCAAAUAAAUAAACAGCAAAUUUAUAUUUUUUAUUACAUUAGUUGCUAUUGUACUUAUGGAAGUAAUGUAAUCCACUAAUGCAAAUAGUCGCUUUUAUACUGUUGAUAAAAAGCUGUAUAUAACAUACAUUUAGGAAGAUGAAUGGAGGGAUAAAGUAGGUGUCACUGUGCCGAGGAGCAGCCGGCCGCCGCCGCCGCCGCCGCCGCGCGAGCCGAGAUCACGAGGCGGCCGAUCGGUUCAUACUUUUUGUAAUAUUAUUGUUAAUAUCUAAGUCUAAUUAGAUAUGUAGAUUAUUUAUACUUUGCACGACCUAGCUACAUUAUUGUAAUAAUACUGAAGAAAUAGGAUACCUGCCUUUGUUAUAAUUGCUUAAUUCAUUUACUUGAUUGAGUUACUGAUAUUAUGAUAUAAUCAUAAAUCAGAAUGAAACAAAUAAUUUGUUUUCUUUUUAAUAAGUAGGACAAAAAGCAAAGAUAGAACCGCAAUGUAACAUAACCCUGGAUGUCGUAGCUCAUCAAGGUAGUGAGAUAACGGGAAACGUCGGAAAAUGUAAAAAACAAACAAAUGAAAAUCGUCGGAAAGUGUAAAAAAUGUAAAAAAAGCUGGCAACGCAAGCUCGGUGCUGCUAAACAAAUGACCAGGACUUUUAGACCUUAAACGCGUGAUUAGACGGUUAUGUUAUGAGAAAAUACUACUGGGGCAAUCAGAUAGUUAUUGUUAAAAAUUAAGUUAUUACUAUGGAUGUCAAGUAUUAUUAUUUAUUGUCGCUAGUAGCUCGGCGAAAUGAUCCUGCAAAGCCACAAAUCAGUCGAUUGUGUUGCCUAUACAAUACAUAAUGGAUCAUUUUAGAUUGUUGCUUUGGAAUUGCACAUUAAAACUCGAAAAUGUAUAGGGCUCAUGGAAACAUUCGUAAACGAAUCCAGAGAUAUUUAAGUAAGUACCAAUUCGCAGUCAAAAAGGGUAACUCAGACCAAUAUUAAAAUUUCAUUUGAGAGGUCCAAGUCAUCCUGAAUUCGGAUUCAUAGUUUUGAAACAAUAAAAUAAUAUUGUGGAAUAAUAUCGUCGAUAUAACCCAACCCGUUUCUGAUUUUCGUAAAACUAAUUAGGCUAAAUUUGUAGGCCACGGUGUUAGUGAUGUGGAAUUUAAUCUUAUGACACCGCUUUUGUAAUACAUGACUAAAACUAUAUUUCUAGUUUUCAUGUUUUGUUUUAUUUAAUGUAAUUUCCUUGACGACACCGAUCAGCAGCAGCCAACGGCAGUCCGUUAUUUUUGUUAUACACAAUGUCAGUAGUGAAUCAUACUUAAUCAUCCAUAGUUAAGCUUUGCUUUAGUGGAGAGCCACGACAACGAUCUACGCAAGUGUUGUAGGGUACAACCACGUAUAAUAAAUGACAUUUACAGAAUUAACGUAUCAAUUCUAUCAAGUUUGCAAUAGUAUAUUUGAAUUUUAAUAACAUUUUAACUCAUCGCAGCCUGAUAGCGAAAGGUCCAACACGUAGCGAUCCCUAUUUCCCUAUCUUAUGAAAUUAUAAUGAAUGUUCUCACGGUCCCCGUGAGAUCUGUCGGCGGUUGGAGCAGUUCGCGAUCAGGCUCCUGUGUACAAUAUUAUUCCUGUGUCAACUCUACGCUCUUAUAUACGAAACAAAUCGUUGAAACAUGCGCGGAUCCAGGGGGGGGGGGUCAUGGGGGUCAUGACCCCCCCUGGAGCCCAAGUUGGCCAUACAAAUAGACCACGUGACCCCCCUCUGGGGCCUGAGCCUUUACCACGUGACCCCCCCCUGGGCACGAAGCUGGAUCCGCGCUUGCGUUGAAAACUUAUCAUCACAUACCGUGGGCCCUUAGGGAACCAUAGAUUUAUUGAAUAUCAACAGGACGUUUGCUUGUUGCUACAAUUAUUCUGUACGAUUAAAUGAUUUUAUAAUA